CUGCACUAGAGAAGUAGCUGCACUGUUCUGAAAUGGCUCCUGACUUUAGGGAACUGAUGUAAGAGAUGUGUCGAGGCUUCUAUUUCACUUUCUUGAGCUCAGAUUCCAAGAUUAAGAGAAGGCUGGGACAAGGAGAUGUCAGCAACAAAAGCAGGGAAAGUCACUACACAAGUCCAGCUGUCCUUUUUUAGCCACUUUCAGCUUCCAUUUUCUACGACAAGAAGUAUACUGGGAUUAUUAAGCGACCGUAGUUAUGUUUCCCAUUUAGAUUUUGUAACUGUAUAUGGAAGAUGAGUACCCUCAUUUGAUCUUUGGACCACAAAUUUCAGCAAAAACGGCAGCCAGACUGCGAUUUGGAAAGACCACAGGGGAUCAGGGAACUGAGAGGAGACAAAGUUGCCCAACUACAUUAAACUGCUGGAGCAGAACAGAACCUGAGCAGAAACUCUCAGCCUAUGGCUGAUUAAGGAAAAAAGGUCUAUUCCUACUUCUUCCUCAAACAUAAUUUCAAGGGUGACAACAGCUCUCUCUGGACUAAGCUAUAGUGACUCCAAAAGCCCCUCUGGACUGUGGGAUAUAGUUAUUUUGUCUCGCUCAUAUUGUGGAGAAAUUCUCCAUCCUGAGCUUCAGCAAUGAAUUUCCUCCGAAGGCGCCUCUCGGACAGUAGUUUUGUGGCCAACUUGCCCAAUGGCUAUAUGAUGGAUCUGCAGCGUCCUGAUAACUCCACUAGCUCUCCAGGUUCUCCAGCAACUGAGAGGAAGCAACAGCAGCAGCCAUCUCAGCCAUCACCCUCUUCCUCUUCUGGAACCAGUAUCUUCAGUUCCAUCUCCAGUGCCAUGAAGCAGACCACACAAGCAGCUGCAGGACUGAUGGAGCACUCGGCAAGCCUUGCUCCUGUGGCGCAGAAACCCAAGAUCCUUUUGGUGAUUGAUGAUGCUCACACGGAUUGGGCCAAGUAUUUCCAGGGGAAGAAGGUGAAUGGAGAAUUUGAGAUCCGAGUGGAACAGGCUGAGUUCUCAGAGCUGAACCUGGCUGCUUACGUUACUGGUGGCUGCAUGGUGGACAUGCAGGUCAUGAGGAACGGCACCAAAGUAGUAAGGUCCUUUAAGCCUGACUUUGUUCUGAUUCGACAACAUGCCUACAGCAUGGCACUAGGAGAGGACUUUCGCAGCCUCAUCAUCGGCCUGCAGUAUGGCGGAGUCCAUAGUGUCAACUCCCUUUACUCCAUCUAUAACUUCUGCAGCAAGCCCUGGGUGUUCUCUCAGCUAAUUAAAAUCUUCAACUCGCUGGGUCCUGAGAAGUUCCCCCUUGUGGAGCAAACAUUCUUCCCAAGCCAUAAGCAGAUGCUCACAACCCCAAAUUUCCCUGUCGUGGUCAAGCUGGGACAUGCUCAUGCUGGAAUGGGGAAGGUAAAAGUUGAGAACCAGUAUGACUUCCAGGACAUGGCCAGCGUGGUUGCCAUGGCAAAAACCUAUGCCACCACUGAGGUGUUCAUCGACUCCAAGUACGACAUCCGAAUCCAGAAAAUCGGCAGCAAUUACAAAGCUUACAUGAGGACAUCCAUCUCUGGGAACUGGAAGGCAAACACAGGUUCUGCCAUGCUGGAGCAGAUCGCAAUGACAGAGAGGUACAGACUCUGGGCGGACUCCUGCGCCGAGAUGUUUGGAGGCCUCGAUAUUUGUGCUGUCAAAGCUGUCCACAGCAAAGAUGGGAAGGACUAUAUCAUUGAGGUGAUGGAUAGCUCGAUGCCCCUGAUAGGGGAGCACGUGGAGGAGGACACACAGCUCGUAGCUGAUCUGGUUGUCUCCAAAAUGACUCAGCUUCUUGUGACUGCAGGAUCUACCCCCUCACCUCCGAGGCCUUGGCCACAACAAGUCCAGCCUCAGUCAAUGAAAUCCCAGAUGCAGCCUCAGCCUGGACCCCAGCUUGGACAACCGUCCCAACCACGGCCACCUCCUCAAGGGGGUCCACGCCAGCCUCAGGGAUCUCAGCCUCCACGGACUGGACCACCUCCACAACAACGGCUCUCUCCUCAGGGCCAGCAGCCCCAGAGUCCCCAGUCUAGCUCACCUCAGCAGCAGAGGUCACCUGGAUCCCCCCAGCUAACACGAUCUUCCACUGGGACCUCCCCAGUCCAGGCCUCCAAGCCAGGCAUCUUCCCACCACAGCAGCCUAGACCUCCUGCCCAAGGACGGGCUCCUGCUCAACAAGGCCUUGGUGAAACACCCAAGCAGCAGGCCUCCCCACAUCCACACCUGAACAAAUCCCAGUCCCUGACGAACACCUUCAGCAUAUCUGAAUCAUCACAACGGGGAAAUGCCAACGAAGAUGAGGCAAAAGCUGAAACCAUCCGCAACCUGAGGAAGUCUUUUGCUAGCCUGUUUUCUGAUUAAUAUCCCUGGAGUCAGAUUAGUGCUUUUGUUAGCCCACUCUUCGUAUCAACCUACCCGAUGUUAUCAUGGAAUUUACUCACUGGUACCUACUCUUGAAAAAUCUGGGACCAUAAUCCUUCAAGCUAUCUUUUCUAAAUGGGUUUUGCCCAGGAAUUAGUUAGCCCUAGAUGUUUUAAUUUUAAGGGUUAUUCCAACAUGGGCCAGAAAAGUGAUUAUGUAAAAAUAGCACUUUCUCACUUGGUAGAUCUGCUCUGUGUGCAUAGUUAGUCAGAUCUGCUUACUUGAGUGACCUGAAAUAAGUUCAAUGUAUUUUUUACUCCUAUUACCCCAUUCUGAGACAACACAGCUUUUGGAGAGCAAAUUAGAUUCUAUUUUGGCUUGCACGUUAUCAAUAGAAUGAGUAACUACGGUCCCUUUACAGACUCUUUAUUCUCGUUGCAGCUGGCCCAAAAGGAACAGAGUUUGAUUUCUGAUGCAAAUGUGCAGAGACAGAAGUUAGAAUAAACAUCUGUUUACUUGUAAAGUGAGCAUGGUUGAUCUGGAAAUCAUAGACACACAAUGAAUUUGGAACCUCAUAAUGCUAACUUUACAGAGUCACUUUUCUGAGCAGAAACACAUUUCAAGUAAAACUUGGUAUCAGCUGUCAGUGAGUCCCAGAGAUCAUUGGAGCAGGGUAUAUAUUGGAUUUCUGCUCUGCUCAGGGCCAUCUUACCAGUAGCAAUGUAAAUGUCUCUGUUUCAUGCCUUGAGGCUGUGUUUCCUAUAUGUGUUACUUGAUUUCUGGGAGAAAGGUGUCAUGUUAUAACCCUACAGCCAUAGCUCAAAAAUAAACCAGAAAAUAGGACUGCUGCAUAUCUUGAAAAAAUGGAUAAUUUAUGUUCAAAUAUAGUUCAUACCAACUUCAGAUAAAAUCCAUCCAAGCUGCUAAA